AAUAUGGUUGAAUACGUUUGAUUUGUUGUUUGAGAUUUCCCCACUAAGCGGUGCCUGUACAGCUCAAUUCUAUGCGUCCAUGCCGCUUCUGUCUCCGCUGCGUUUCUUUAUUUAUGUGUCACAAAAACAAGCGCACCUAGCUACAAGACGUUGUACACUGCGGAAGUAGCUUCGCUAAACAUUUCCUAAACAUUGCUGCUUACAGAGCUGGUGAAGGGGAGAUGGUGCAGGGUCUGUCAGCAGACAGCAGCAGCUACAGUUUCACUCCUCUGGUGGUGCUGGAGCUCGCCUCAGACACCAAGCAGGAAGCCACUGCAUGGUUACUGAGCAGGAUCAGAGACCGGCAGCAGAAUGGAGGUGCUGAGCUGCUGGUGGAGCAGCUGGGCCCUGGAGCUGGGGCUCAGGAGAAGGAAAACCCCAACAUGUUCCUGGUGGGGGCUACAUGGCAAAGGCUGCUCACUGGAGCUGAGGAUGUGGGCCUCUUCAAGGAGUUCAAUGAUGGAUCCAUGAGAGGCUUCACCUGCGCCAACAAACACAACUUUAAAGACUUUAAAGGGUACGGGGACUCCUUCCUCAGUAUGGCUGAGUGUCAGUACAUCAUUAAACACGAGCUGGACACAUUACGGGCCAAAGAUGAGACCCAUGUCCCUGGACACACCCAGGCUAAGCUCUACCCCGGGAAAUCUAUCAUUCGCAGACUGCAGUCCAAGGGGAUCCUGAUCCAAGUGUUUCCUCUCCAUGACAAGGAGGAACUUAAGAGGCUGUCUUUUUCUUGGUACAAGAAGGUGAAGUUUUCCUUUCAGCCUCUUGAUGACAUCAGACACUACUAUGGCGAGGGUCAGGCCCUCUACUUUGGCUUCCUGGAGUACUUCACCUUUGCUCUGGUGCCUAUGGCUCUCAUUGGAGUGCCUUACUAUCUGUUUGACUGGGAGGACUACGACAAAUAUGUCGUCUUUGCUGUGUUCAACUUGGUCUGGUGCACCGUUAUCCUGGAGUUAUGGAAGCGUUGCAGCACCUCACUAGCCUACAUCUGGGGCACACUGAGCAGGAAGAAAGCCUUCGAAGAACCUCGUCCUGGUUUCCAUGGCGUGCUUGGGUUCAACCCUGUGACGGGCCGCGAGGAGCCUCUCUACCCUAACACCAAGAGGCAGCUGCGGAUAUACCUGGUGUCCCUGCCCUUCGUCCUGCUCUGCAUCUACCUGUCCCUCUAUGUCAUGAUGAUCUACUUUCUCAUGGAGGGCUGGGCGCUGUCAGUCCACGAUGAGGAGCCCACAUUCUGGACGGGAAUCCUGCUGUUCAUCCCCAGUGUUAUCUAUGCUGUAGUCAUAGAGAUUAUGAACCUGGUCUACAGAUAUGUGGCUGAGUUCCUCACUGAGUGGGAGAACCACAGGCUCGAGUCUUCAUAUCAGAAUCACUUGGUCCUCAAAGUAUUAGUAUUCAACUUUUUCAACUGUUUCGCCUCGCUCUUCUACAUUGCCUUCGUCAUGCAGGACAUGGUUCUGCUCAGACAGAGUCUGGCCACAUUGUUGAUCACCAGUCAGAUCUUGAAUCAGGUCAUGGAGGCCUUCCUGCCGUACUGGCUCCAGAGGAGACGCAACAAGAAGAUGAUGCGCAACGUUCAGAAGAGAAGAGCUGUGGAGGACGUAGAGCUUGCUCUGGCCGAGCAGGUCCGGCUGGAGGCCGACAUGAGCAUGUACUUGGGCACCUUUGAUGACUACCUGGAGCUGUUCCUACUGUUUGGUUACGUCAGUCUGUUCUCCUGCGUCUACCCUCUGGCUGCUGUCCUGGUGGUGCUGAACAACAUCACAGAGGUUUACUCUGAUGCCUUCAAGAUGUGUCAUGUGUUCAAACGGCCCUUCUCUGACCCGGCAGCCAACAUAGGAGUCUGGCAGCUUGCCUUUGAGGCCAUGAGCGUGAUUGCUGUUGUGACCAACUGCUCGCUGAUUGGCAUGUCUUCACAAGUCAAGGCUUACUUCCCCGACUCAGAGCUGCAGCUCAUACUAUGGACAGUGGCUAUUGAGCAUGGGCUGCUGGCCUUCAAGUUCAUUCUCACCUUCCUCAUCCCGGAUGUUCCCAAACACAUUCAGAUCAACCUGGCCCGCCUGGAGUUUGAAUCACUGGAGGCCCUCAAGAAAAAGAGACAGCUCCAUGGAGGAAAAUGCUUGAAGCCUCGGAGCUCAGUGAGAGGAUGCAGUGAGGAGGAGAGGAGGAGCUGCAGACGCUGAUGGAUCGCCAGCCGCCGCUUCACACAGCUUUACAUGAUCACUCUUGCAUGUAUGUUUACGCUGCUUAUCUGCAACAUGUUCACAGUCACUGAAUGGAAACAGAUGGCGCUAAUCAAUAUUGUAGUUUGGGAUUAUGCAAAUGUUGAAGUUUGUCCACUAAUGAGUUGUAAAUCAACCUUUCAAAUGUAAGCUGCUUGUAAUUGUGUAAAACAAUACAAGCUCAUCUGGAACUGCACUCCAAGUAUGGAAGCAAAUAUUGGCCAUAACCGAACACUUAAUGGUGAAAUGUAAUCACUACUAAAUACUUGGUAUUUAAUACCCAAAAAAACAAUAUUUGACUUUGAAAACCAUCCAUCUGCAUUCAUGUGUCGUGUAGUCCCCUCUUCUAGUUCAUCUCAAGUAGUGAAAGUUCAAAAUCUCCUAAAAAAAAAACCUAGGACUAAGGACUCAAAUUCAGAAAGAAAUUAAAUUGUACAAUAUAUAUUCUAUUUUUGUUGCUCAGAAUGUGUUGGUAAUUUUGAAAUAUAAAAAUUAAAAAGAAAAUAAUUCAAGGUUUACAAUUCAAACUUGAACACGGGCUACCAAUAAAAAACGCUUUGAAGGUGAAGGCAAUGGAUCAGAGCUCCUCUCAGUGACACAGUCCGUCACACAGCGGAGCUUUAUCUGAAUUUGUGACAGCAAAACUUGAAAUUGUUUUCUGGGAAUUCAAAGCCCAUAAAUUCACAUAAGAUAGUUGUGAAAACCAAAUGUUUGUUCUUUUUAGAUUUCAACAUGAAGUAUUCUGUAGUGAUUAAACCCACACUUAGCUAUUCAGUUGCUUAAAAGGUUAAAAUAAUGUUUCCUCAUGACACAUUUGUGUUGGCAUGUGACAGUUACAGUGAAGUUAAACCAUGCACUCUUGUAACACUCUUGUAACAACCUUGUGCCUUGAAUUGCAACGCCUAUCUCAACAUGGUUUUCUAUGCUCUGGUGAAAAUGUUGAGAAUAAAGUAGAUUGAAAGGAAGGAACUGAAUCAAGUUACUUCUUAUUGUAAGGAAAUAAAGAGGGGAGUUCAUAGAAAGAUGAAUGUGAAUAAAGUGGAGUGUGCUAUUUGCUCUG